AUGACCCAGCGUUCGCCAAAGUUCCCCACACGGCCGGUGGCCCAGCUGCUUGGGUCGAAUGGCCCCGUCCACGCGCUCGCCUACUCCGCCUCCCCAGGCACCUACAUCCUCACAGGCUCGGCCGACCGUUCCAUCCGGCUGUACAACCCCUCCUCCACCACGCCCGCCCCCCCAAGCAGCAGCAACCACACCAACACCAUCACCACCCCCCCAACCACCAACCCCCCUCUCAACGCCACCCCCACCCAAGUAAAGACCCAGGCACCACCGCCCCUACCAACUGGCAAACAAAUCCAGACCUACACCUCCCACGCCUACGCCGUGCUGACCCUCGCCGUCUCGCCCUCCAACGCCCACUUCUGCUCCGGCGGCGGCGACCGCGCCGUGCUGCUGUGGGACGUGGCGACGGCGCAGACGGUGCGGCGCUUCGGGUCCGCGUCGACGGCGCACUCCCAUGCCGGGCGGGUGAACGCUGUCUGUUUUGCGGGUUCUUCCUCUCCUUCCUCUGGUGGGGGUGGGGGUGCUGGGCUGGGAACGGGUGGGGGGGAUAGUUUGGUGGUUUCGGGGGGGUUGGACUGCACGGUGCGGGUGUGGGAUGUGCGGGCGGGCGGGGCACGGCCGGUGCAGGUGCUGAGCGAGGCGCGGGAUAGCGUGACGGCGCUGGCGGUGGAGGGGGAGGUGAUUCUUGCCGGGAGUGUGGACGGGCGGGUGCGCGGGUAUGAUGUGCGGAUGGGGCGGUGUGUGACGGAUGUGUUCCCCGGGAGCGUUACGAGUUUGUGUCUGGCGAGGGAUGGGCGGACGGUGCUCGUCGGGACGCUGGAUAGCAAGAUCCGGCUGAUGGAUCGGCGGGAUGGGUCGUGUCUGAGGACGUACGCGGCCGAGGGGUGGCGGAAUGAGGAGUUGAGGGUGCAGAGUGUGCUUGGUGGGGGGGAGAGGUUCGUCGUUGCGGGGGAUGAGAUGACGGGGACGGGGACGGGGACGGGGGAUGAGGGGAGGGUGUGGGCGUGGGAUUUGUUGACCGGCAAGCUGGUGGCUACCAUACCCGUCCCCUGGGGCAGCGGGAGCGAGAACCGCAAGAAGGCUAUCGGGAGGGAUGGGAAGGAAAAGGAGCGGAAGAACGUGGUGAGCUGCAUCGCGUGGAAAGAAGGUGGUUUCGGGGACCAGUUCUGCGUGGGUGGCACAUCCGGGGUGGUGACGGUGUUCGGUCAAUGA